ACUCAAUUUCUAGAAUCCUCACUUCCAAUCACACCUUCCAACCGUUUACAUCUCCAAGUUUUCGCUCCGAGUCUCAGAUUCAAAUAUUUCUAACAAUAAUAUUAUAUUUUGAAAAAUUAUUUAAAAUUUCAAAAACAUCUAUAAGUUUUCAGUUAAAAUUAUUCUCAAUAAUAUUAUAUUUUCAAAAAUUAUCUAACUUUUUCCAAAUUAUUUUCCAGUUUUCGGGAUUUAUUUUUUUCUUAUUUGUAACUACUUUCAAUUAUAACAUAUGGAUCAAUAUAGGGUGCCUCGGAAGGUCAACCGCCACGUUUACUGGGCCCUCUGUAAGCUGUCCUCUGAUUCGAAGUUCGUUCCGUUUGAAGACAUUCUGAAGGAGACUAGCCACUCGAUGCGCCGCACCAAUCCGGUUGAGAAUCUUCCGGAUGUGGUUCGCCAGUCCUUGGAGAACUUUACUCGCCUCCAACUAGUCGAGGAGAAGGAUGGAUCAUACUCACUAUUUCCUGACUCAAUUAGUCUCAUUCGCAGGGCCUGUAACAUGGGUACUGAAGAAGAGCCUGAAGAGCCUCCACAGGCGCGGGCUCCGAAGAGGCCUCAUGAAGUCGACGAAGAACCAAGUACUUCAGAGAAUGCCACCAAGAAGCGUAAGACUAGCGUGAAGAAAGUGGAGCAACCAGUUGUCUUGGAUGAUUCUACAGUUGAAGACAAGUCGGGAGUUGAAGAAAAGUCUGAAGAUAGCGAAGUUAUUUCAGAAUAUGAAGCCACUACUGAAGGUACUGCUGAUAGUGAAGUCAUAACUGAAGAUACUGAAGCCAUAAUUGAAAUUAGUGAAGCCGCGACUGAAGAUACUGAAGUCAUAACUGAAGAUAGCGAAGCAGUGACUGAAGAUGGCAACUCCAAGGAUACCGAAGCCACUGAUAACUUCUCCUCUGAAGCUGGCGAGAGCGAGAUCCCUGAGGAGUCCUCCCAUGAAGACUAAACCAAGACAAUGAAACAAGAAUCCAGACGAUGACGACGUUGACUUUCCGAGGCGAAUACGAUUAUGAAACCCGAUUUUGAUUAAACAUCAUUUGAAGAAACUGAGCUGCAUGAGAAAAUAUUAUUUAAAACAAAACAGAACACACUGUUGGAAAUAUAAAGAACUAUGCAAGCUCA